AUGGAGGUCGAUGACAUGGAGAUGAGGACACCCGAGAAGAAAUCGUCUUUUGUCAAAUUUAAGGAAAAUUUCGAAGACCCCGUCUACAAGAACAAGUUCAUAUGUACAAUGUUCCUGUUCUGGGCGUUUAUUGUUCUGGGUUUUUCUGCUGGCCAGGGCGGCCCGUCGUUCCUUGACCUCAUGCUGAUCACCAACACGAAGGUGGAGCAGGCCUCUGCGCUGUUCACAUCAGGAGCUGUUGGCUACAUGAUCGGCGCGUUCUUCAGUGGGUUUCUGUACGACAAGUGUAACAAGCUGCUGUUGUUGGCGGCCUGCCUCGUCGGUAGCAGCAUCUUCUCCGUCGUCAUCCCGCUCUGUACUCCGCUGCCAGCGAUGAUCGCCAUGUACUUCCUCAGAUCCUUCGUGGCUGCUGGUGUGGAUACAGGUGGCAAUGCCGACUUACUCCGACUCUGGGGCAAGGAUAGUCGUGUUUUCAUGCAGAUUCUUCACUUCUGUUUCGCCCUGGGAGGCGUCAUAGCCCCUCUGGUAACAGAACCCUUCCUAGCCCCAAAGUCCGCCCAACCCAUGAUCACAACGCACUCGGCCAACGAGUCCAAUAUUCUUGAGUAUGGAUACAAUUCAACCAGUGCAUACGUCCAGGACCUUUUGGGAUUAAAUGGCACCAGUAACAAAAUGACGACUGCUUCUACUGAAGACGCUCCGAAAUCUCAAAUCCUUUUUGCUUUCAUAAUCACAGCUGUCCUGUUCCUCUCUGCGUCCGUUCCCUUCUUCGUGGAGUUCUUUCUCCGUAAGGUUGACAAAAACCGGAAGCCGGAAGACGAUCAACAAGAUGACCGACAGCGCAUACCACUUCCGGUCUAUGUGAUAACUGUGGCUUUGAUCGGGGCAUUCUUUUUCUGUUAUUGCGCUCUAGAAGAGACGUUUAUGUCUUUCCUGGCGGUAUUUACCGUGGAAGGGAUGGGCUGGACCAAGCCUGAUGGAGCUUUGAAAUAUCACAGUGCAGCUGAGGUUGAAUCAACCAAUGAACUGGCUAUACCACAGGAAAAGGGGGAAAUGUUUGAUCCAAACGCUUGA